ACAAACACAAAUCUCUCGUAAGUGCUUUCUCUCUCGUUCUCUCUCUAGAUUUUUUUUUUGGAUGUCUGUGCUUCUCUCUCUAGCUUUUUUCUGAUUUCAAACAAAUCUUGUUUUCUUUAUAUAUAAUUUAUUUUUAUUUUUAUAAAUUAAUUAUAUCACUCUCUUAUUGGCGGUGAAGAGGGGUAGGGUUUCUUGAUUUGGGGGUUGGGGGUGGUGGGUCUGACCCGAACCGAUAAGAUCUCAAUCCAGCCUAUUUGGGUUUUCUGGAUUCUUGAAUUUGAAUUUUAAUUCAACCAUUUUAGGGAUUUUAUUAUAAAGGUAGAAUCUUUUUCAUUUUCUUUUAAUCUAGGGUUUGUUUGGAAUUAAGGGGAUUUGAUUCGAGGUUAAAGAUAGGAUCUUUUCUUUUGUUUGUGAAUUAGGAGGAUUUGAUUUGAGGUUAUAGAUAGCAUUUUUUUUUUCAAUUUCGGGUUUGUUUUGGAAUGAAGGGGAUUUGAUUUGCGAUUAGGGUUUCAAUAAAUCUGUUAUUCUUUUGCUUCUUUACCCAAUUCAUUGAAAUCAUAAUCAAGAAUAAAGCAGAGGUUUUUUUUAUUUGAGUUGCUGAAUUAUCCUGAGGUAUUGAAAGGCAAAUCUUGAUAUAUUGAACGAAGAGGGAAACAACGAAUUGAUUGAACUCUGCAUUGGGGGAAGUGUUGUGAUAUACCAGUGUUAUUGAUAUCUUUGAUAGUUGUUGACGUAGCAAGUUCUGAGUGUAAUUAGAGUGGAUCAAAUGUUGAGAAGAUAUAUUUGAUAUGGUCAGAAUUGGGAAGAUAUUCACAUGGCACCUACUGUUCCAAUAGAUUACAUUGGACAGAGAGAAUCCAAGAAGUUCUUUAAAAAGCAUUCAGGUGAUACGAUGGGAAAAUCACGCAAGGGUUUUAAAGGUUACUUGCCUGGGAUUGUGCCUGAUUUUCGUAAUGCCGUUGAGACAAUGGCGGAAUCGGAGGGUUUUGGGAGCUCAGGACGGGUUGAUACUGAAAGGACUGCUUCAGAGGAUUCUUGUGCACCUAAAAGGAAAUCCAUUUGUUUGAAUGCUGAUGAUCGAUUUGGUGUACCCAUUCAAGCAAUGUCGUUGUCCAAGAUGUCACGCUCAGAGAGAAAAGGGUUGGGAAUUAGGUUGAGGAAUGAACUUGAACAAGUCAGGGCAUUGCAGAAGAAAAUUGCUUCUGUUGGCUCUAAUAGUGGUGUUCUUUCACCUGCUAGCGAUAUUCAAAAUUGCACCAAUGGGCAGAGGAGAUCAGGGUCUGAGAUAUCUCAGCGGUAUAUGGCUGAAGCAGUGGUGCCUCCCGGGAAGAAAAAGGCUGCACCAGGAAGAAAUGGACCUCUUACUAAAGGAGCCGGGGCUAAGCGGCCUAAGCCAAUGCAACGGGCCGUCCACUCAGAUACAAAUAUUGUCAUGUUGAUGAAACAGUGCGAGGCACUGCUAAACAGAUUGAUGUCACAUCAGCAUGGUUGGGUCUUCAAUAAUCCAGUUGAUGUCGUCAAGUUAAAAAUCCCUGACUACUUCACUGUUAUUAAGCAACCAAUGGACCUAGGGACCAUCAGAUCAAAGUUACAUUCAGGAGAGUAUUUGAGCCCUUUGCAGUUUGCUGCCGACGUGAGGCUCACUUUUACUAAUGCAAUGACAUACAAUCCCCCAGGAAAUGAUGUUCAUAUCAUGGCUCAAACACUUGGUAAAUUUUUCGAGGUUAGAUGGAAACCAAUUGAAAAAAAGAUACCCGUUAUUGAAGAGGAACCUUUACCUUCCAAGUCGAGUGUUAUCAUAGAAACUGAAAUUGAUACUCCUCAAGCAAUGCCGCCUUCAAAGAAGAAGAAAACUGCUCCACCGGAGAAAAAGGUUAAACCAGAACCUGUAAAGCGAGUCAUGAGUGAUGUUGAAAAACAUAAACUCACUGCUGAGCUUGAAGGUUUGAUUGCUGAAUUACCUGAAAAUAUAGUUGAUUUCUUGAAAGAGAAAAGCUCCAAUGGAAGUCAAGUUAUUGACGAUGAGAUUGAGAUUGAUCUUGAUGCUCUUCAUGACGAUGUUUUGUACGAGCUACGAAAGCUUUUGGAUGAUUAUCUACUGGAAAAACAGAAAAAUCAGGCAAUAGGUGAACCCUGUGAGAUGGAGCUUCACAAUGAGUCUGGAUUUAGUAAUUCAUCCCUGCAACCUUGCAAAGGAAAUGAUCCGGCAGACGAGGAAGUGGAUAUCGGUGGGAAUGAUCCACCUGUUUCAAGCUUCCCUCCUGUGGAGAUUGAGAAGGAUAGAGCUCGCAGGAGCAAUAAUAAUUGCAGUAGUUCAAGUAGUUCGAGUAGUGAUUCUGGCUCUUCAUCUAGUGACUCCGGAAGCUCAUCUGGUGCUGAAUCAGAUGCUGAUAAAGAUUCAGUUGCCUUAAAUGUUCAGAAGGCAACAGCGGCACCUGGGGGACGAUUGGAGCAAAAAGAUGAGCUUGAUCUUCCAGAAACUACAGAUACGUUGGCUGGCCAAACAGUGCCAACUUCUCAGGAGAAGUCCAAAUUUGCUGAGCCUAAUGAUCAUCAAGAGGAGGAGAGUGCUGAACCUGAGAGGCAAGUCUCUCCUGAGAAGCUUUACCGUGCAGCUUUGUUAAGAGGUCGCUUUGCGGAUAUCAUACUAAAAGCUCAGGAGAAGAGCAUUGAAAAGGGUGAAGUGCGGGACCCCGAAAAGCUAAAGCUUGAGAGAGAGGAGUUUGAAAGGCGAAGGCGUGAAGAGAAAGCUCGCUUGCAAGCCGAAGCUAAGGCUGCCGAGGAGGCUCGUAGGAGAGCUGAGGCAGAAGCUGCUGCAGAAGCUAAAAGGAAACGAGAACUUGAAAGAGAAGCUGCCCGUCAGGCACUCCAGAAGAUGGAGAAGACUGUUGAAAUCAAUGAGAACAGUCGGUUUAUGGAAGAUCUUGAACUGUUUAGAGCUGCUCCGGAUGAACAGCUCGAGAGCUUCAUCGAGGAGGCUAGUCCUGGUCAUUCUGAGAAUGUCCUUGGGAGUUUCAAAUUUAAGGCAAGUAGUAAUCCGUUGGAGCAACUCGGAUUAUAUAUGAAGGAAGAAGAGGAGGAGGAGGAAGAAGCUGAACCACAGAGCAUCCCCAACACAUCAAAUGAUCCCGAGGAAGGAGAGAUUGAUUGAUCUCUCUCUACUUUGGCCUAUUUGAUAAGUUGGAGGAGGUGAUUUUCUUCUGAAUCCUUGCAUGAUGGUUUAAGUUAACGGCCAUCUUGUCAUCCCAUGGCGGACUGGCCAAAAAAAGAAACAUGAGUGAAGUCAUGACCUUUUUAAUGGCUUUGGGAGUGUCUCGGCUCGGAUGCUGCUUCAGAAGACGGGUCUGGCCAACAUAGCCAGCCAUCUUAUAUUUUGUAUUCCAGAUUCUUUUGUAUAAGUUGGUAUGACGUAAGUUGGGUUACCUGUCAAGUGGAAUGUGGGAGACAGUUUUGUUACAUAGUUUUAGUACUAGAUUGCUACUGUGUUGUAGUAAAAGGAAAAAUUGUUGCUAAUUUUAGUACUAGAUUGCUCCUGUGUUGUAGUAAAAGGAAAAAUUGUUGCUAAAA